UCUUACACUAUUGGCAACUCUAGGGCAGGAUGAUUUUUAAGAAUUUCUAUGACAGUUAAAAACAAUCGAUUAAUUUCCUUUUUUUCACACCAAGAGCGACAAUAAUAAAGAAGAAAAAAGGAUUUUUUUUAUUAAAUUAAAUAGCAGCAGCUAGUUAAAAAAGAAAAGUUUAAAAUUAAUGAAAAGUUUGUAAAAAGAAAACUAUUUCUGAAGGCUGAGAACUGAAAAAAGAAAGAAAGUGAAAGAAAGAAAAAAUUGGCAAAAACAAAACACAUUUAAUGAACCCAACAGAAGCAGACGAAAAAUUGCCCUCAAAGAAGGCGGAAGAGAACGAAACACCUCAAGACCACUCAAUGUCGGAUGAGGAGGAAAAUACGAGCUUCCCCGAGGAUUUGUCUUUUCGACAAAGACAGCUGGCAAUGCAGCAAACGAAUGCAAGUGGGCCGCCCCCUACUAACAACACAACCCCUAAUACACGCUCCACACACACUUCCGAUAUGAAAAGAUCUGCCGUCAAGGAACUAAUUGAACGUUACUUCUAUCAGCUGCAGCGUGGCUGUGGCAAUCCCCAAUGUUCGAAUAAAAAUUGUGCCUCCAGCGGUCAGGUGGCACCCAUGACUCCCAAUGAAAUAGCUGCUAAAGCUAUACAAUUGUUUUCACAAGAUGCCAAAUUAUGUGAAUGCUAUAAUACACAACAACCACCCAAAGUACCUAGAACGGGUCCACAACAUGAAUCUCCCACAAGUUCUAAUCGUUCUAACGCCGCCGAUACGCCUCUCAAUGAAAAUAUGGAUUCUCUGGAACACAGCAGUAGUACUUCAAAUAGUACCAUUACCUCAGGCAGCUCCAGCGCUUCAUCCUCCUCCACUGGCAGUAGUAAUACCAAUAUUUCUAGCUGUGCUACCAUAGAAAUGCCUUUGUUAGUGGCUUUAGGUGAAGUGGCUGGCGGCGGAGAUAAUAAUGCUGAUGAUGCCACUGCCUCUGCUGGUAAUUUAAAAACCUCUGAUCCUCCCACACCUACCUUAGCUCCUGUAGAGUACCUAAACGAACAGAUACUCGAUGAACUGAUUGAGGAAUGUAAGAAAUACAAAAGCUACGAUCGUCUAAUACAUGCCAUCAAUGAUGUCUAUUGUUCGGUCAAGAAACUAAGUAAAAGUUUUCGACGUCCUCCGCUGGCUAAACUUACCUCAAGUGCGGCAGCCUCUAAACUACAAGAGCUAUUGGGCAAAUCACCACAAGAACUGAAAAAAGAAGAUUUACGUACUUUAGAGGGAGAACAUGACAAAGAUGAGGAUAGCACCUGUCUAGCGGAGGAUGAUGAUAAUGAUGAUGAACAACAACAGCCAGGUGAGGAGGUGGAGGAUGACGACGAGGAGCUACCAGACGUAAAUGAAUUAAAAAAUAUAUAUGGAAAUUCAGUGGGAAGUGUCUCAGAGGCGGCGGGCUCUAGUACCAGCUUAAUGGCAGCAGUAGCUGGCAGUAGUGGUGCAGGGUUAGGCGGCGGCGAUAGCAUAGAACCCAUGGAUGAGGAUGCAAACUCUGACGACUUAGAUGAUAUAGUCGAAUGGUCACAGAGCUGUGAUACUCAGGUCGAUUUUGAGAGUUUAAGGCGGGUGAAGAAGAAACUUCAUGGUCUGAAAAGAAAAGUGGUGCGUGAGGCUAUAAAUGAAAAUAUCAUCUUGCUGGCCGAGAGUAUUAAACAUGGCCGCUUCUAUGAUUGGGAAAAGGUUUUACAUUGUUUCGUCAUCUGUUUCGAUAUGUCAAUGGCAUGUGAGUAGUGAUUUUAUAUAUUU